AUGACGUCGAAUCAACUCUUUAUCAACGUUAAAGACCAUGGUGUUACAGUAGAUCCACUGAAGAAUAGAGUCAAAUGUAAUUAUUGCGACAAAGUUGUUGGUGGCUUCAAUCGCCUUAAAUAUCACUUGGGAGGCAUUCGGGGGGCGGUGACCCCUUGCUUAGAAGUUCCUGUUGAUGUGAAGGAAAUGUUCAGUAAUGAGGUUUCUCUACAGAAACAGGUAAACUUAAGCAAGGAAGUUGGAGAAUUGUACUGCCCGCCCCUUCCUUUGAGGAGGAAUAGGGGCCCCCAGCCAGAUUCAAUAAAGUGCAAUAUGACAAAUCUCACCGACACGGAGGGUUCUUGGACUAAACAGCAUUGUAAUAAGGACUGUCAAUCAGAUAACAGUGUGACAGAAACUGUCCCUUCUCCCAGGAGACUUUCAGAGAUGCCUGCCAGUAGCACAGGAGAUUCAUCAUUGAACGAAUCUAAAAAACGUAUAGCUUUUGUUGGGGACAUUGACGCCAUGCUAUUGUUCCUCGACAGGGUUCUGAAUGAAGUUGGGGUCGAGAAUGUGGUUCAAAUUAUUACAUAUUCGACAUCAGCCUUCAUGAAAGAAGUGGGAAAGCAGCUGACACACAAGCAUAGGCAUGUUUUCUGGACAGUGAGUGCUUCUACCUGCUUUGAACUUAUGUUAGUGAAAUUCGAAAGUAUGAGUUUCAUUAGAGAGAUAUUGGAGAAGGCCAAAACGAUUACACGAUUUGUUCAGAAGCAUCCGAGUGCCCUGAAACUUCUGAGAACUUAUACUCGGGUAGAUAACAUUUUAGAGCCUUCCAAGAUUAGGUCGACAGUGCCCUACUUAACACUUGAGAAUAUUGUUUUGGAGAAGAAGGGUUUGAAAAACAUGUUCGCUUCACCUGAGUGGAAAAACUCAGAUCUGUCAGAUUCCUUUGAGGGAAAAAGAGUCGCUUACUUGGUAGAAGAUCCUACUUUCUGGAAUGGGGCGUUAAUGGUUUUGAAGGCAGCUAUUCCUAUAGUGCGGGUGUUAUGCUUGAUAAACAAGAACAAUAAGCCUCAAAUUGAUCUUAUAUACGAAACAGUUGAUCAAGCCAAGGAAACAAUCAAAGAGGGGUUCAAAAACAAUAAAAGCCAGUAUAUGCCAUUUUGGAAAGUAAUCGACGAGAUUUGGAACGAGCAUCUCCACAACCCACUUCAUUCUGCUGGUUACUAUUUGAAUCCGUUUCUAUUUUAUUCAAAUGAUUCCUACUCCGACCCAGAGGUUUCCUGUGGUAUGUGCUAUUGUGUCGUCAAGAUGUCAAGUGAUCACCGAAAUCAAGAUUUGAUCAUGGAUCAGGUUGAUGAGUAUUCAAAGGCAAUGAGUGCUUUCAGUGAAGGAAGUGAACCUGAAUGGCUAUCAGAUGUUUCGCAGCUUUCGCCAGUACUCUGGUGGACGAAAUACCAAGAAAAAUACCCCCAGUUGCAACAACUGGCUAUUCAAAUUCUUAGCCAGACCUGUGACGGAGCAUUGAAAUUUAAGCUCAAAAGGAGUUUGGCCGAGAUGCUACUCACCAAGGGAAUGAAUCUCAUAGAACAACAGAAGUUAAGAGAUCUGAUGUUUGUGCAUUACAAUUUGCAGCUACAGAUUUUUGAGUCGAGCGAAAGAAAUUGCAUCUCUGGCAAUGAAAUUGACACAACAGAUGAUUGGAUAGUUGAUGUAGCGCAAGAUGAUGACGUGGUGAAUAACGGUGAACCAGCAUUGAUGGUCUAG